AUGCGUCGAGUCGCUUGGCGUGGUGCUGGGAGCCCCUGGCUCGAUCUAUCGCCCAUCCUCGCCCUGACCCUCUUGGUGCUGCCUUUUGGCGCGACCGAGGACUUUAUUGACCAAAGCCAGACGGCCACGACCACCACGUAUUUGCUGCCUCUGGCCGGGGUGUGGCAGAGCUUUGCGCCUGCACGCAACGGGACUCUAACUCAGAUUGCCCUCAAACUCGGCCCCGAUCACAGCCUUGGAGGCUGCUAUGAGCUCAACGCACGCUUGGCCAUUUACGCGGGCGCGGGUCGUUCGGCCUUUCCCUAUUUUGAUGACGACAACCUUCUGCACGAGCAAAUUGUCCAGCAGGCUUGCGAUUGCACCGGCCACGAUUGUAUCGAAUGGCGUACCUGGAGCCUUGAUGUUCCUGUGCUGGUGGAGGCUGACACCACAUACGCUAUUUCCUUGGCUCUAACGGAACACCUCGUCAAGCAAAAGCGCCACCGCAUUGGUCUGAUGGUCGCCGACGCCUACACUCGUGGUAGCAACAACUUUGCCGCCGCCGGCUACGAUUAUGCCUUUCGCACAUAUUUGCGUGAAGCUCCGGUGGAGGACAGCGAGUACCUGCAGCCCCACAUCCCGUCGGCCACGCAUGCUGACAAAAAGGGCCACUCUUCUACUGCAACUAGCCUCAGUUCAUCCUGGUCCUGGGCGCUGGGUGUGGGAUCGGGCUUCCUUGUCUUGGUGCUCGUGCUCUUGGCGUUUGUGGCCCGCCGCCGGAGCACCCGUAGCAAAACUCACACCCUCAAUGACCCCACCACCAUCAAUGAGAAGGAACGGGAAUGGUUUUCCACAGACGAUGCCAUCACAGAGUGGCGUCGCCGCUUUGGCUUGGCCGCUACAACGCGCUCGAGCACCGCCUGGGCUGCCGAGGACUUGUCAUGCCUCAAUGCCGCACAGCUCGAUGAUGAUCCUCAACAAAGCACCGAGCUGGAGCUGUUGGACGACGCUUUCGACGAACCCACACAAAUCGUCAUGACCACCGGGACCCGUGCACCCCGCGUGGGCCAAGCAUGGACUUUAGAGCACUUUCCACGACUUGAUGUGGUCGAGAUUGACGACAUCGAGCUGGCCCUUGUACCUACUAGUCAAGAAGCGGACGAGCACUGUCCUCCCGCCUUUGAGGAACCUGCACACGCCACGGUCGCCGGCCUUCCGUCUGACUCGGCCAGUGUUUAA